AUGUUGACAGAACCUGCCGGCCCCCCUGAAAAGCAGGCGCCGUUGGUCACUGAUCAUGUGCAACGCUCCCCCACUGUGCCACGACUGAAGUCACCUGCUGUCCCAGAGAGGAUGUCUGAUGAAGCUCCUCCUCAGCUGUCAGACCCUGCUUGUGCAGACUGCGGUCGUGUCCUGAGCAGCACCGCUUCUUUAGAGAGUCAUGCCUCCCUCCACAUGGGGAAGCGCCCGUUCGUCUGCUCAGCCUGCGGCAAGGACUUCCCCAACCUCAAGGGCCUCAACCGCCAUGACCGCGUCCAUGGCGACCAGUGUCCGCAGUGCAGCAAGACCUUCGUCUACCGCUUCGGCCUGACUAAGCACGAGCAGAUGGUCCACAGCGGCGUGUGCCCGUUCGCCUGCCCAACCUCUGGCAAACGCUUCGCCAUUCGGCGCGACAUGGAGACGCAUGGAGACCGGUUCAAGAGGCGUGUGGAGCUGAAUGUUCACCUGAGGUGGCACAACGGGGAGAAGAGACACUGGUGCUCGUACUGCGGGAAGGGCUUUCUGGAUUACAAUAAUCUGAAGAGGCACAAACUGGUCCACACUGGGGAGAAACCUUACACCUGCUCUGAGUGUGGCAAGCACUUCAAACAGACUGGCCAUCUGAAGAAACACCUGAAGACAAUACACAAAGACCGAUAG